UCAUUACGCAAGAGAAUCGCAUCAUACACAGGUGUCUAUACUUAUUUUAUCCAUACCUAAGGUAGGUAUAGGUAUAUGUAGUGUGAUAAUCGCAUUCGGUAAGAAACUGGUUUCGAUUUACACUCGGGAGUUCACGAGAAGCAAAAAUCGUAUUAGAUCAUUGUAGUGUAGUCAGUCCGUCCGUUCGUCCGUUAGUUUGCAAGUAUACGAGCUAAAAUUUUCGCUGCUGCGAAAAAGAGACAAAGGACGAUAAAAAAUAAUCAUGAAGAGUUUAGUAUUCGUGGUAGCUGUGGCUGCUUUCGCUACGGUUUCAGCCGACAGGAUCAAACGCGCCCCAUUGAAAGUUUCGGUUUAUUAUGAAUCUCAUUGUCCGGACAGCAGAGAUUUCAUCAUUACACAACUCCAUCCACAUUUCUGUAAAGUACAACAAUACUUGAACUUGAACUUGGUGCCUUUCGGUAAAGCAUAUAGUUCGGAUCAAGGUUUCACUUGUCAGCACGGACCUAAAGAAUGCCGGGGUAAUACAAUACAUAACUGUGUUUUGAAACGUAUACAAGAUUCUAAAGCUCAAGUAGACUAUGUGAAUUGUGCCAUGUACGAUCCGGACCAACCAGGACACAUUGAAAAAACGUGUGUCGAAGAGAGUGGCGUUGACAUCAACCAAAUACAAACAUGUUUUACCUCAUCGGAGGGUUAUCAAAUGAUGUUAAAGGCUGAAAAAGAAACAAAAGCAAUGACACCUGGACCGUUGUUUGUGCCUACUAUUGUGUUUAACGAUGAAUACAAUGACGAUGAUCAAAAUCACGCGUUUGUAAACUUCGAAUCAACGCUUUGUGAGAAACUAGUAAGUCACGGAUAUACGGAAGUGUGCUCGAAUGGUGUAAUCAAAAACCCUCAAACAUGUUGAACGAUUUAUGUACCAUACCUAAUAAUAAUGCUUUUUCUAUCAAUACUGUUGUUAUUAUUAGUUAUAUUAUCAUUAUUAUUUUAUAGAUUAAAAUGAAUAAUAUUGUAUAUAAAUAUUA